UUUUCGUGCCAUUACACUCAAUUAUUUCUUUGCUCAUCGAUUGAACCGACAGAGUUCCCUCUGAAAAAAAAGUGAAGAAGAUCCCCAAACGACACGGGGGAGAGAUGCAGCCGGCGGCGAGAUGGACUUUGCUGCUUCUUCUCGUGGGUUUGAUGGCACAAGACUGCUUUUCAUCCAAGGCAGAAGACCGGCUCUUCAGGAAACUGUUCAGAAGAUAUAACCAGUUCAUCAGACCAGUGGAGAAUGUCUCUGAUCCCGUCACUGUGGAGUUCGAGGUUUCCAUCUCACAGCUGGUCAAAGUUGAUGAGGUGAAUCAGAUCAUGGAAACAAAUUUAUGGCUCAGACAUAUUUGGAACGACUACAAGCUGCGAUGGAUGCCGUCAGAGUUUGACGGCAUUGAAUUCAUUAGAGUUCCAUCGAACAAGAUCUGGAGACCAGACAUUGUGCUCUACAACAACGCUGUAGGUGAUUUCCUGGUGGAGGAUAAGACCAAAGCUCUGCUGAAGUUUGAUGGUACCAUCACCUGGGUUCCUCCAGCCAUUUUCAAAUCCUCCUGCCCCAUGGACAUCACCUACUUCCCCUUCGACUACCAGAACUGCUCCAUGAAGUUUGGCUCCUGGACUUACGACAAAGCCAAGAUUGACUUGGUACUUAUUGGGUCUAAGGUGAACCUCAAAGACUUCUGGGAGAGCGGCGAGUGGGAAAUAAUCGACGCUCCAGGCUACAAGCAUGAUAUCAAGUACAACUGCUGUGAGGAGAUCUACCCAGACAUCACCUACUCCUUCUACAUCAGGCGCCUGCCACUCUUCUACACCAUCAACCUCAUCAUCCCCUGCCUCCUCAUCUCUUUCCUCACAGUGCUGGUUUUCUAUCUCCCGUCCGACUGUGGAGAGAAGGUCACGCUCUGUAUCUCCGUCCUGCUCUCCCUCACUGUGUUCCUGCUCGUUAUCACGGAGACCAUCCCCUCCACGUCGCUGGUCAUCCCGCUCAUUGGAGAGUACCUGCUCUUCACAAUGAUAUUCGUCACGCUCAGCAUCGUCAUCACCGUGUUCGUGCUGAAUGUACACUACCGCACGCCAAUGACCCACACUAUGCCGGGUUGGGUGCGCUCUGUGUUUCUCAAAGUGCUGCCGAGGAUUAUGCUGAUGCGGAGACCGAUUGAUGAAGACAGCAAGGCUGGGGGGUUGGACAGCAGUGGGGAGGCAGGAGGAGCUGGAGGGGGAGGAGGAGGCGGAGGAGGGAAAGGAGGAAAGAAAAGGAAGAAUAGCUUGAUGCAGCAGGUCGGAGGAGGCUCCCUAAACUGUCUGGAGUUCGGGGAUAGUAAGCUCUCAUCUGUAGAGGGAUGCACUGGGAAGAAAUGCCCUUGCCCUUGCCAGCAUGGGAAGGAGACCCCAGAAACACCAGACAUGGGGAAGAUAUCACGGCAGCUGAGUCCACAGAGCAUCAACACUGUGGUUGCCUUUUCUGUGGUGUCACCUGAGAUCAAACAGGCCAUUGAGAGCGUCAAGUACAUCGCUGAGAACAUGAGGAGUCGUAACAAGGCCAAAGAAGUGGAGGAUGACUGGAAGUACGUCGCCAUGGUGAUCGAUAGAAUCUUCCUUUGGGUGUUUGUGACCGUGUGCGUCCUGGGAACCGUGGGCCUCUUCCUCCAGCCGCUUUGCGGCUUCGUCUCAUAACUGCUAACUGAUUGGGGUUCACUGACGCCCUGUGUCGACCAAUCCUGAACAAGUGACUUACUCUCAGUUCUCAGUUGACCAAUCAGAAGACAGAGUUUUGAGUCCUAAAGCACUAUUUGGUGUGCUGGUUUUGCCUCUUGCCUUUUGCGAAGCGAGGUAAUGUAGAAACAGAGAAGCUGAGAAAAAGGGUUUAAAGUUUUUGGACUAGCUGGUAAACAAAACAAUAACAAAUAUGAUAAUGCCUUAAUUUUAUGCUCUUUAAAGGAAUAUUUUACCCACAAAAUAAUUACUUAUAAAUCAGUUGGUUAUGCAAUGUUACCUCGAAUUCAUGAAGAAAACUUCCAGCCUCCAUGGAAAACAGCAAACAUAUCCAUACACUGAUUGAUUGGAGACCAGUUUUAACAACAUUUAACUACAUACCAACACAUCCAUUUACAAUCUCUCACACAACUCGUGCAGUAUAAUCCAAGUCUCAUUUAUCCAGCUGUAUGCUCAGUACUUCCAAAACACAUGGUUUCUGUUAUAACCUUACUCUAAGUAAACUGAAAUAUGUGCUCACUCACCAAACUCCAAUACUAAGGGUUUUUAGCUAAAGUUUUAGAAACGAAUGCUUUGCUAUACUUUCCUGUUGUUAAACAUGGUCACCAAUCAAUCAACAAUUAAACAUAUUCACCAUUUUCCUUCACUAAUUCAAGGUAACACAGCAUGACUAAUUGAUUUGCAAAUGGUCAUUCUGUGGUAGGGCUGCUCAAUUAUGGAAAAAAUCAUAAUCACGAUUAUUUUGGUAAAAAUUGAAAUCACGAUUAUGCAAAUGAUUAUGCAGCGCACGUGAUGACUUAUAUUGUUUACACAACGGCAUGUCAUUUCUGUCUCUACAUGGUCACGUGUUUCCAAUUCUCCUCUGCUCUCUGUACCGCACACGGCGGAGUUUGGCCCCGAUGCGCGCGCACACACACACAGACCGACCUGUCUCGCUCUCCCUCUGCCAUUUGCCACACGCUGUUUUUGAAAUCCUCUGCAAUCACCCUCAUCAACCCUUCGCAUUAUUCGUAGUUCACCUACUUGACUGGCUCGUGGAGUGAAUAGAGGAGAGAAUGGGAGUGGUGGUACUGCGCAUGCGCGGCUUCCGUAGAAGACAAAAUAACAUCUCCAGACGUCCGUGACCAAAAAUUGUUUACCCUCGAUUUAAUUAAUUUUGAAAUCAUUUGAUCUAAAAAUUGUAAUUGCGAUCACCAGACGAUUUUGCACAGCCUUAUUUUGUGGGUGAAAUACUCCUUUAAGGCUGCAUAUUUUCUCUGAAAAAUCAUCGCUGUAGAACCGACAUAAUACUUAAAAACACUACACUCUGCACCUGGAUAAACUUCACAGAAACAAGAGAAUAACGUGGUACAUAUCUACAAAGUGUGUUCUUUCAGCUUUCUUGACCAUUUACACAAGCUUAAGACAAUAAACACAUUUGAAUUAUUUUUUAGUUAAAAAAAAUUAUGUAUCUGUCUUGCCAGGUUUGUUGGUUUGUGUGACCACACGUUAUAGAGCACAGAAAUUACUGAACAGUGUGUACAUACUGCAGCCUAGCCAGCAACAAAGAGCAGCUACUGUGGUUUGUUUGUGGUUUACAUGCUGUCUUCACUGAAAUUACUUCUAUGGCAUAUGAGGAAGGUCUCUGUGGAGGCCCAUUUCUGCCAGUGUGGCUAUGCACACCCUGUUGUAUAUAGCAUCAUGGCAGAGGCAAGCACCCAGGAUUCUGUAGCUAACAAUGCUAUUUACACAUCUGCAUGCAAGUGUGUACCCAUAGGCGUCCUAGAAACGUUGAAAUAUGACAGUAACACAAAUGGGUCCAUUCAGCUGUUCUUCUAAAGAUUAUGCACAAAGUGUGAAUUCAGCAGCUUUAUACAUCCUAAAAACUGAAAACAUUAAGUCAACUGAGUCUAAAAAUACUAUAACUAGCCAAUGUUGAUUCACACAGGACAGUUCUGUGCCUGACACAUUAAUCCACCACAUCUAACUCCCUCUGUGGACUGUGGACUGUGUCGCUGUUUAUACUAUGUCCCCUGAUUGGCUGACAGUGCAGUUGUGAGUUUUAUUCCGCCUAAAUUUACCUCUUUAAUCAGAGAAUAUCCAAGGCAAAUAUUAGCCCUAACCAUGACCUCCGGCCUCAUGCCCUAAUCCUGACCCCAACUGACCUUACUGCAUCAACGUGAUGAGUAUUAGCCAUUUACAGCACACAGUGAGGUUCAUAAUAAGGCGUCAUCGGGAUGGGUGUAAAAAGUUGAAUAGUUAGACAGCCUAUUGUUUUUCACCAUACUGGCAGAAGUGGGCCUCCAUAGAUCUUCAUUUAAUUUUGACCAAAUAUUUAGUUACUGUGUUUUAAUCUUGUAUGUGAUGUUGAAUGGUUCUUAAGAGGUCUAUCAGAAUUCAUGUGGGAUCAAAACUUGGCACAUCCAGUAGUCCUUCAGGACUGGAACCUGAGAAUUAACAUCCAACUGAUGCGAACUGGGAACUUUGCACAUCCAGUAGACGUGACACAAACUCUCUACCACACUGAACUCAACCCUGCAGCAGUUGGUGAACUCUUCCCCCAUUGAGCCGACUGAUGACUGUCGUACCCGCUCCCCAGUCUAAUUCAUCAAGCUGCUCACUGUCAGAGCCGAUUGCGCUCACCGCUUUUUGUGUCAUUUACAAUUAGAGUUCCGAUUUCUGCCGCAAUUGGCAGCGCUUUUAACAAAUAAGGGCAGGCUGUUAUUCUUUCUUCUUUUUUUUUGUAAUUAGAAACCAUGUGUUUAUAAAUGUUCUCUCUGAUUAAUGUUCCACAAGAUAAUUGGUUGGCCUGGUAAUUAAUGGAUUAAAUGGUACUUGAUUAGUUGCUCCUGAAAUAGCAUUACAUUUAUUUAUGCGUGAGAGGAUUCUAUCAUCCAAUUCCAUGGCUGAGAAUUUCAUCUCUUUUUUUUUCUUGUCACUUUUGAUUACAUUUAUUAUUAAGAGCAAACAUGCAAAGCAAGAAACAUGCAUGACAAACAUUUUGAUUGCUUUGAGCACAAAUAUAUUGUCAGAUUACAGCACUAUAAGGGUACUGCUUGAUUUCAUUGAUUUGGUUUAUCCCCAUGCUUUUUGUUAUAUGAUGAUGAAAUGCACAACUCAUGCUGAAAGGGAGAAAACAUGUUUGUACAGAUGAUCUUUGCCUUUCUUUUGUCUUUUAACUUAAA